GACUACUCGCCUUGUUGUGAGCAGAAGCACGCUCAUGAACAAGCACUCUUGGCGCGUCUCAUGAAAAAUUAAAACCGCCUUCUGAUGCGGUUACAUACACAUGGCAAUCCGCGAUUAGUCUCAACUCACUGCAGACAGGUCUUCCGUUUUUAACUGCGACAAGGACAUCUUCAAUACCUGCUCCCCCCCUCUAUUUUUCGUGUACAGAGAGGCGCAUCGAGGAUUAUGCGCCACUGUGCAGUUCAGAAUUUUUUUAACGGGAAGCUGGCAUGUUGUGUUUUCCUCCAAGUUGUUAUCUUCACUGUUGCUUUGUGGUUUGCGAUCCAUGUUCAUAUCAGAGGUCACGUCAACCUGCCCAGUAGAGCUGCAAGAGCUGUGAUUGAUAACCCACGCAUAACAAGCUACGUGGUAACACUUGUUGCGACAGGUAUUUCUUUCCUGAAUACACUUCUCCUCGGCCUCGUACUUCAGGUAGCUCUGAGAGCACGAAUGAGUGACACCCUGUCGUUGCAAGCAUUGCGAGGAAGUCUUUCCUUUGUAACAGGACAAAUCCUCAUCGGUGUACGUGGACUCAAGAUCUCCUGGGCCUGGAUAAAAUCCUUGGCAUGCAUGUGCGGUGGAAGAAAGCAUAUCAUUGCACCCAGCGACAGGGAGUACUGGACAUGGCUGGCAUACACAUCGCUGUAUGCCGUGUUAUGCGGAUCGCUCACGUCGAGUUGGUCUAGUUUUUUGACCCCAACACCUAUGAACCUCCAGUUUCAUUUUACGGGCACACAGGUGGAUUACUCCGCUGCCGCCGCCCAACUCCAAGCUAUCUGGAAAGGGAAACUUACUCCGUAUCCUAGUGAAAGUUCCCCCCUCGUUACCAACAUGAAUGCAGCAAGCGUGCAAAACUGGGGCCUUGCGGAUGUGAAUAUGUAUCUUCAAGCCGGAAAUGUGGCAGCCACGACUGAACUAGGUUCACCGUACGACAUGCCCUAUAUGGGCGCACUGUAUAAUGGUUCAACAGGGGGUAUAUACACAACUGCCUCGAUGAUGACGCAACUUGCUGGUCCAAGCAUCCCAUCCGAGUAUACAGGAUGGAGUCAAAGCUAUACGACGGUCCAGAAAGGCCUUAGUGCGGAAGUCCAAUGCCGACAACAGGCGUUCCUCAAUGCACCCGAUGUCAAUCCAUCUGCGGGUUUGUAUUGGAUUUCCCCUCGUAUUACAACAGUCAAUGUCGAAUUCGAUGGGAUUACCGUGAACAUCGACGAUACCACGAAUUCUGAGCCGUUAGACUCAGCAGGGCAUCAAGCUGCUUACAUAGACCAGAUUUCAAAUCUCAUCUGGUACAUGAUAUUUGAUACGCAGGGUCUUUCUGGAAAUUCCAUGGCAGCUGGUAUUAAAUUUAUCGGUGAUGCCUAUGAUGGUUAUCGUACAAUGAACAGUGAUAUUUUAAACUUCGCGUUGGAAAACUACCUAAGAGGGGCUAUCGAAUUCCUCGGAACGGUGUGGCAAGUGGAGCUCCAGCGAAUGAACAACACCUCCAUGGCCGAGUACACUGGUGUAACUCAUGUGGGGUCAAUGGGAUAUGAAUACAGUGGAUCAACCUCUCUUUUCCUCCUCGUGCCUCUGGCCGUUGUGGUGAUUAUCACCUGUGCUGCUGCGCUCUACACUCCUGUGGAAGACUCAAAGAAGCCUGGAAAUGUGUUUCUCCAAGUUAUGAGGACACCAGUAUCAACGGACUGGCACGCUAUGCAGCUUCGGAGACUUGGAGGACUUUGACCCUACCAAUGUCAUCCACCUCAUGACGCUUGCUUCGAGGACUGGGCUGGAAACCGAAGCAGGGAAGAAUCAAGUACUUCAAAUUCAGAUCAAUUGAGUUGCACGUUCAGGUAUCGAACAAAUACGUAUGGUGGCAGUCACUUCCUGCAGAUGCUAUUCGACCACUGUGUUUAUGAUCCCAGCCUUCUUUCUACCCGUCAGUUUACUCUUCGUUAUGAAUAUAUCCUUUGCUCGUAGAUGUUUGUAGGGUCCGCGACCCGUGAAUCAUUUGUAUAGUAGUAUCCGAUUCUAUGGUAGUUUUGGUUAUCCG